AUGUCCACGAAAUGGCAGCGGCUGUGUCCUGUCAAUCAGGGCGAUUUGCCUCCAGUUCUCUUCAAAUAUUGUUUGACGUCAGACGGCUACGAGCUGUACAUGACCGACCUUACCAACGUCUGGUCUGAGCAUCUAUCGCGCCAACAAAUUCUGAAACGAGCAGAAGAAAAUGCCACUACUAUCGACCCAAGUGACGAUGCAGAGCAAUAUCAGAUGCUAUUGCAGAAGAUCGGCGAUGCAUUUCACAACGAAAAGGACACCCACGUGAUCCUGAAUCAUGCAUCGCCAGGAGCUGAUAGCCUGAGACUAACGACGUCGACGAAACUGCCAAAGCCACUAGGGACGCUUGAAUGGACGCUCUAUCUCGAGCGAGAGCCCCAGUCCUCGUUGACGCAGUAUUUGCUCCUACCGUUGGUAAGAACGGAGGCGGACUGGGAGUCGCGACAGCAGAAUCUCAUGGACCAGCUGAAGCGGAAAGAUUGGAUCCUUGGUAAACUGUUCGACAAGCUUGAGGCCGUGGGUGUCGAUCUCAGCACUAUCUUUCCGGGGGCGUCUGGUUUGCGAACGGGCCGGAAGGGCGCGACGCUGUCGCAGGCCGCCAAACACAUCAGAGGCGUCGCACCUUUUGACGAACAUGCGUGGCUUGAAGAACACAAACAGUCGACUCCGGACUCAAAUCUUGCUGUCAACCUACUUGCGGAGCUCUCUUCUACCUCUGAUGCUGUGGCACAGCCCGAUUCAUUUCAUCCGCCUCCAGACAAAUGGUGGCAUGCACUGUCUGCAGCCAGUACCACCACACUCCCUAAGCGCGAAGACGUCGGUCGAGUCGACGAACCCCAAUCUCCUAAGGAUGCCGAAAUGACAGAUGCUGCAACCGUUUCGGAUACAGAGGAUGAUGAAUUCGAACGACAAGACACGCCUCCAAGAUUCAAACGCUCGAAAGACACCGGGAAUAGCCCAUCUCGGGCCAGGUCGCAAGAACCGGCACAAGAACCUGCAAAAGCGUCUCUGAACCCUUCUCCACGCAAACCUCCAACCAAAGCAUCAACAGGUCUUGGGAAGAUCGGAGGAUCAAAGGCAGCAAGGACUUCGCCUUCACCAGACCAUGGACCGACGACCACCUCCAAACCGACACAUUCGUCGCCCACCAAUAACGAUGAAACAGACUCUGGCUCGGACUCAGAUCUAGAUGCAGCGCCUAGAAGACCGAAUCCUCAAACUCAAACCACCUCCCCAGUCAAACCACGCGGCCUUGGGCUCGGACGUAUUGGCGGACAAAAAAGGCCGGAGCAGAAACCGGACCCUCCCAAAUCUACCCCUUCUGGAUCCCCGAUUCCAGAAGACAAGAAAAACGACAAUCCCCACCCCCAAUAUAGCCCCCCACCUAAACCCCGAGGCCUGGGCACCAUCGGCGGCAAGAGCAAGAAGAAAGAACCCCCAUCUCCUCCUCCCAAAUCACCAGCCUCGCCACAAACCAACAUCGCCACCGACUCAUCCCCCUCCCCUCCAAACCCGAAACCAAAGCUCCCACCUACAGGGCACAAAAAGCUCGGCGUCAUCGGCGGCAGCAAAUCCUCUAAACCCGACACCAAAACCACCCCGGCUGCUGCUGCUCCUUCCCAUCCUCCCAGCGCCGACGCCGAAACCGAAACCGACGACGAGCUCGACGAACCCCCCAUCAGACCCAAGCCAACCCGCUCGAAAACCAAAUCCCCAUCUCCCGACGAACAGAAACCUCAUCCAGCUCUAUCGGAACCACGCGCGAGCGAACAACCGCCGGGGGAGCCAGAAACAGAAGAAGAAAAAGCGAAUCGAAAACGCGAGGAACUGAAACGACAACUAGAGGCGAAGGCGAAGGCGCCGGCGAAGAAGAAACGGAGGUUUUGA